AUGAACUCAAGGAAGGCCUGCAAAAGACCAGCCGCGGAAAUUGAAUGUAAGUAAAUGUAACCGAAUUUAAAUAAGCGACUUAAUCCACAAGUUCUCUACAAAAACUAAUACAUUAUAAUGUAAACCAUUUAAGAAGUAUUUUGCAGCUUUCCUUGCACUUUCGGUUUACUUCCACGAGGAGAGUAUGCGUUAUCAUAAUCUUUUGAAAACAAGAUCACGAUUUUGCUCAUCUGCACUUACACGCCAUGAGGACAGCUAGUAUUAGUAUGCUAUAAUAAGAUAACGUGAAUCUUAUAAUUAAUUAUUCUUAUUGCGUUCCUUAAAGAGAUAUAUGUGGGAUAUAUGUGCGCUGGGAUUUUAUAGCCAAAGCGAAUUAACAAUUUUAUUUAUUGAUUCCCUAAGAUGACCAACUGCGAAAAAGGCGAAGAAGAACAGCGUUUACUAAUGAACAACUCAAUCGUAUGGAGGAAGCAUUCCAAGAAGAACGAUUCCCGGGUAUUCACUUACGAGAGAAGCUGGCGCGAGAACUGAACAUACGAGAAGACAGGAUUCAGGUAGGAUUGACGAUUCAUCUCGGACUGAAAGGAAAUUUGUUAAUUCAGACAUAUCACUCAAAUAGGUACUAUGAAGACCUAAGAUAAGACAACAUGUGACAUAGCCACUUUUCGAAUCUAGCGAUAAAUUAUCUGAGCUAAGCACAAGAAAAAUUAAUGAUUCAAAAACCCACACAGGCGACCAGGUUUAAUGGUUUUAGUUUAACAUCUGAGAGAGUGCUGCGAUUUUUCUGAACCAACCAAAGAAUUAAGUAAGGCAAUACCAAUACAAUUCCGGAUUAAACUUUCGACAAUCGAUUGAAAAUUGCCAUGCUAUACUUAGGGUAACAGAGUUCAGCGUAUGAUCAUAUUGACUAAAGCGGUUGUAAUCAGAGACGAGAUCCCACUCAGGUGUGCAGUAUUGUUAUGUGUAUGUAUUUGACUGAAAUUGUUCUAAUUCUUUCUUCAGGUCUGGUUCCAGAAUCGCCGCUCAAGAUGGCGAAGGCACGAGAUCAAAAACAAGCCUACCCCAUCCCUCCCUGAUUCCACAAUCCGAUCAGUCAGUAGCCCGUUUGUGUCACCAGCCACGUUCCAGCCCUCGCCCGUCAGUUUCCCGCCUUGGAGCCCAUUCUUCUCUCCGUUUUUAGGAAACGCUUCUCUGUUUCUACCAAACGGGCCCGCUACCGAAGACAUGCUUCCCAGGAUUACCAGUUUCCCGGGCGAGGCAAACUCAACAGUCUUUCACAUGGACACCAGGGGACAGUGUUCCUCUCCACAAACGGUCAGUGUGAUGUUAGGUCCUCGUGUAUCAGCUUCAGUGAGCUCAUCAUUCAGUCCCAAUUCCUUACCCACUGGUAACCUCAAGGCUCGGCACCAAGCUUCUUGUGGCUCGGACAGUGGAGAGGGUCGUCACUCAUUAGAUGACUACCUUGCUGCUAUUACUUUGGUCAGCGGUUUUCCGCGGCAAAAUUAG